GCCCGCACUUCGGGGCGCUCGGACGGACUUCCGGGCCGGGCCGCGGGGCGGGAGGGGCUGUCCCGGCAGCCGCAGCCGUGUCGCCGCCCGCUGUGCUAUGAGCAGUCAGAGCGCCGUCUCCACAAGAGUUUACAAAUGAAAAUGGAGGAAAUGUCUUUGUCUGGCCUGGAUAACAGCAAACUAGAGGCCAUCGCUCAGGAGAUUUACGCAGACCUGGUCGAGGAUUCGUGUUUGGGGUUCUGCUUCGAGGUGCACCGAGCUGUCAAGUGUGGCUACUUCUUCCUGGAUGACACGGACCCAGACAGCAUGAAGGAUUUUGAGAUCGUGGACCAGCCCGGGCUGGACAUCUUUGGACAGGUUUUCAACCAGUGGAAGAGCAAGGAGUGUGUCUGCCCCAACUGCAGCCGCAGCAUUGCGGCGUCCCGCUUCGCACCACACCUGGAGAAGUGCCUGGGCAUGGGGCGCAACAGCAGCCGCAUCGCCAACCGCCGAAUUGCGAAUAGCAACAACAUGAACAAGUCAGAGAGCGACCAGGAGGACAACGAUGACAUCAACGACAAUGACUGGUCCUACGGCUCGGAGAAGAAAGCUAAGAAGAGGAAAUCGGACAAGCUGUGGUAUCUCCCAUUCCAGAACCCCAACUCCCCGCGAAGAUCCAAGUCUCUAAAACACAAAAAUGGGUUCUCUGUCUGUACCUCUGCAUCAAACACCCUUCCUCUUCUUUUUUCUUCUUCAGGGGAGCUUAGCAAUUCGGAUCCAUUCAAGUAUAGCAACUCUGCCGGGAUCAGCUAUGAGUCCCUGGGGCCCGAGGAGCUGCGCAGCCUGCUCACCACGCAAUGCGGAGUGAUUUCGGAACACACCAAGAAGAUGUGCACCAGGUCCCUGCGCUGUCCCCAGCACACAGACGAGCAGAGGCGGACUGUGCGGAUUUAUUUCCUCGGGCCCUCGGCUGUCCUCCCGGAGGUGGAGAGCUCACUGGACAACGACAGCUUCGACAUGGCCGACAGCCAGGCCCUCCUCAGCCGGCUGCAGUGGGACGGCUCCUCCGACCUCUCACCCUCGGACUCGGGCUCCUCCAAGACCAGUGACACCCAGGGAUGGGGCCUAGGCAGCAGCAGCUCCGAGUCCCGGAAGGCCAAGAAGAAGAAGCCGCACCUGGGCCUGGCGGGGGCUGCGUCCGGUCUGGGCGCCAGCAAGAAGAAGAGGCCCAAGCCACCAGCACCCCCGACGCCCAGCAUCUACGAUGACAUCAACUGAUGGCGCAGGGGCUGCCUUUGGCUGAGCAGAGCCUGCCCAACCCCGCCUGACGCAGACCCGGGCACAUGGACGCUGCUGGGGUUCGGGCUGGCGAGCUUGGGGCCAGGUGGGCAGGCGGAGGCCUGCUCGUGCGCCCCUGGGGGGCACCAGGUCUUCUGCAGUGGAGUGGCCUCGGCAUGCAGGCCUCAGACCUGGACACGUUCGUUAUCCUGGACACAGUUCGGUGGGAGGCGGUUUUCCUAUUUAUUCUGUGAGUUACUGGAUGUCCGGCCAGGCCCAGGGCCUGGCCCGGGCACUGCCCCGCACACUGCCUGCCCCGCCCAGGAACUGGACUUGACCCCGGGAGGCCCCGGGCAAUAUGAAGGGGUCUGAGCUGCCCCAGGGCAGUGGGCGCAGAGCCCACGAUGCCCAGCCAGUGGGCACGGUGGGCGGCUGCUAGGUGGCGCCCAGGACUGUACCGCCUCCCCUGCCCGCGGCAGCCCCUCUGUCCCCACGGGUUCCCUGGCAGCCAGAGCUGUCCCUCAUCAGCGGGUGCCAGGAAAGGGCCGCAGCCUCGAAGCUUCAAGGAGCGGAAAGGGGAGGGUGGGGUGGGGCCGUGUCACCUGGGCUCUGCCGUCCCUCCCGUCUGUCCCAGCGGGCGGCCGACCCUGGCCUGGGCGGCAAGGAGGCCCGCGGUGAGGGAACGGUGCUGCUUUAUUUGAAAUGUUUUCUUACCUCAUUCCCUGCCCCAGGAAGGGGCGCAGCCUCGCCCUCCUGGGGUGGCCCCGUGUCCCAUGCCCGCCCUGCCUCUACCCUGGGGCAGCCCAGCCCCACGCUGCUGCUUGCCACCUUCCCCUCACCAGCCUUGUCCCGCUCUGUCCCUGCUCCAGGCUGCCCUAUUCCCUCCUGCGCCGCUUUUAAGUUAUUUAUUCUGUACUUGUGGUUCGGGGCCCCGAGGAGAGUCCUGACCUUGUGCCUCUCCCUGCGAGCAGUAGGUGGGAAGAGGGUGGCUCUGCGCUCCGGAUCUCAGUGGAGGGAACAGGGUGGCAUCAUCCCUGUGGGAGAGCGUGCCAGUGUGCCCACCGGCUUGGUCUACAUCCAGAGAGAUGUACAGCCCUGCAUCGGGCCAGAGAGACAGAGGUGACCGAUGGGCCAGAGCUGACCUUGGGCCUGUCCCCGGCACGUGUUGGAUAUGUCCCACGUUUGAGUAGCUGGUACCCAGGACUGCUCGGACUGAUUUGGGUUAGGGACCCUAGAGGGUUGUGGGAACAACGGGACGGCUGUGGGACCUUGUCUGGAACCCCAGUUUCCCCCUGGGGUGCUUCUGAUUGUGGCUGAUACCUGGUUACAAAUUGGUUUUUAACCCAAGCAUUGUGAUUACUUUUUAAAAAGCCAACCCGUUUUGGCAGGAGUUAGAAUAAAUCCUGGGGCCUGGGCGCCUCUUCUCACCCUCACAGCCUUCUCCCUCCAGGGCCGCCCAUGUGGGAGUGGGCUGGAGGUGAGGGGUGCAAGGCUGGGGCUCCUGCCUAACCCCCCAGCCUCCCUUGGGAAGGAGGACGUGGGGGCAGCCUGGGGAGAGGUCUGUGCACACGCUGCCCUUUGGUCCUUGCCAGCUGGCCCCGCGCCCCAUCUGGUUGGGUGGGAGGCAGCAGACCCUGCCUCAGCAGUGCCCCGCAUCCCACCCUGUGUCUGAGUGUGGGGUUUGUGUUAAUCCCACGGCCGGUGGCUUCCCUUCCAUGCAUCGCUCCCCCCCGCAUGCCCGGGGCCACCCGCCUGGCAUCACCGCAUGCUGGGGUCAUUGGGGGAGGGGGGGGGCUCACGCUGUCCUGUGGUCUUGAGAUUUUUAUUUUUGCAUAUAUAAUCCAUCCUGUACAGGUAGCUAACUUUGUAAGCGCUGUGUACCCUCUGCCCAUGGCUGCUGGUGUAAAUAAACUGCAUCUCCCGUUGGUA